AAAAAUAGUUCCUGCUGUUAGUGAACCGAAGCUGUGAAGUUUAGAUGUGCAUUUUAUUGCUCAAUAAUAUUCAUCCUUCCAUGAUCAUCUCGUUCAUGAGCUUUGGAUACCUAAACAUCGGGGUUAUCCUGUCGGUUCGUUCUAAUCUCCGCCAUCGCCAUUCGCCCCGCUCGCAACAUCUUCUCCUCCAAUGGAGGCCAAUUAUGGUAUGUGCAACUUCUGAGGCAUAUAGGGUCUGCCAGGGGUGACGUCGGCCCUUGAGCUUUUCAGGGGUCGUUCAUUCGCCUUGAUAACAGUCUUGGGGACCCACCAGCAAUUGGUUUCAAAUAGACAGCACUUCGUUCCGGAUUUCUCUCUUUUUCCGUCUUCCGCGAUGCGAGGGAUGAUGGGGUCAGGUGACAGUCGCUGGAAGGGGAAUCGCGAUGAUGAGGGAGGAGGGUGGAUCUGCAGCGGAAUCCCAUCCGGCCCAUGGUGAUCUUCAUGAUCGGGGCGGAGGGCUUCAUCGGAUCCCAACUCUGCGAGAAGCUGAUGGGGGAGACCCUCCUCACCGAGUUCGCGGUGAACGCCUACAGCGACGAGAUCAAGCACAUCUUGGAGCCGGCCCGCCAGGCAGAGCAGCAGCUCCGGAUACCCCUGGGUCGGUCGAAUCCACUUCCACCGCCUCAACAUCAAGUACAACUCCAGGCUCGGGGUCCUCAUCAGGAUGUCCGAUGUGACGAUCAUGCGAUCUGCACGCCGGCAUAUCACGACACUCGUCCGCUUGAUGCCAUCUCAGCAAUUUCGUCGACGCUUCCAAAUUUAAGAGUCACUUGCACUUCCUCAGUUUGACUGUCCAAUUUCCGCUGAUAUCUUUUUUUUCAAUUUUGUUGCUGAUUAGGUGUUGCUCAGAGAACAAUAAGCGGCUCACUCACUUCUCCACUUGUAAAGUCUAUGGAACAAUAAUUAGGAGCGUCCUUCCAAAGGAUCACCCGUAGACAGGUAUUGCAGUCUGUGGAUCACCUAAAAGCGAAGGACCUAAAGUGAAGGAACAUCGUGCAUUGACAGCGAAUUCUACCGUGAAGGGUGAAGGGAAUGAUGACACUGACAAACGGAUUGUCAGCAUGACUAUUCUCAAUAAACAACUUGGUUGGAAUCCAAGAUAUCACUGUGGAACUUGCUCGAGUUGACUCUUACCUACCAGGUGGACAAUGGCAAAAUCUACCGCGUCCACUUAGGUGCAACCGAAUUUGGAAGUCAACCUUCGUGGCCCUACAUGUAUCUGCAUCGACAUUAUGACCACAAGAUCGACUGGAAUAAUCCUCAGUGGAAUGAAUGGUUGUCUCUCUCGCCUCAGCACGAUACCAGGCGGCUCCACCGAGACAAUCCGCUGGCAGGGAAAACCAUGGGCAUUUUUCCGCGGCGGUUUCGGGUAACAGGAGUUACGCAUUGCCGCUUGGACCCCACCUUUCUUAUUGCGAGACGACUUUGGCUGCAUGCUCUCCGCCACGGACCACCGAAAUCGGAUGUCAUUGGACCUCGCACGGGCGAUGCCAUUCACUUCUUCGAGCCAAUUGGACAUGACGGCCGUCUGUUCGCUGUCGGAGGUAGACGCAGCCGAGUCCACCAACUUCACCCACAGGAAGUUGGAAAACAUGCGACUGAAACCGAUGGAAUGCGAGGUUGUGAUCCCUCCCCGUCCCUCCGAUUCCGAAAACCACGUACGUACUUUACCACCUCAAAAACCGGCGGCACUCACAGCUCCACGCCCCGGAGAAGGACAUGGGAGCGAUGCCCAUCGAAGCGAGCGGCGCUCUGCUCAUGGUAUCCUCCGUUUCCCUUUCGUUUUCUGACAUUUCUUUUAUGUGAUUUCUGCGGUCCGCCAACGAAGAGCUGCGACGUAGGAGUAGAAGUCGUGACGCAGCAUUAGACGCACCUUUCAGAGAACUGAGCUAUAUGGUCUUCACGCUCCUGGGUGCUUCGGAGACUUUGCGACCCUCGGGGUUUCGUUGUCUCGCGCGCUUUACCGGCUCGGCGGCCGCCCCAUGAAAAGGUAGGGCAGCGAAGGGAAGAGCAGCGAGAGCAUUAGUGUCGUAAUUGAUAGUUGUAGGAAGUGAAUGAUGAAGAUGGAUGGAGGGAAUGGCGUGCCCGGGGGAAUGCUGCCCACCAGCAUGGGCUCUGGAGGAUUGCUAGGCCUGGAUAUGUCUCUCCACCCUCACCAACAGAUGCAGCAGCAACAGCAGCCGCUGCUUCAUCACCAGCUCCAGCAGACGCACCACAUGCUGCCGUUCCAGGCUCCGACAGCCAGUGACGGCGACCGCCAGGCCGAGCAGCACCCCGUGAGGCACGCCCAGUACGUGCCCCCGUUUGGCCACGUCAGGGAUAAACAGCAGCCGGCCAUGAGUUCCGAGGAGGAGCCCAGAUACGGGGACGAGGUCGAUGACCAGGUGCGGCGGGGAGGGAUGUCGCAGCCGUCGCCGUCGGCCUCUCCGUGGCAGCGGAUGAAGUGGACCGACGGCAUGGUCCGGCUCCUCAUCCAGGUGGUCUACCGCGUGGGGGACGACGGCGGUGGGGCGGAGGGGGAGCAGCAGCAACCCCAGGGCUCGGUUGCAAAGGGCAAGAAGUCGUCGUCCGCGGCGGCGGCGGCAUCGGCAUCGGCAUCGGCAUCGGCGUCGGCGCUGCUGCAGAAGAAGGGGAAGUGGAAGUCGGUGUCGCGGGCAAUGAUGGACAAGGGGUUCUUCGUGUCGCCGCAGCAGUGCGAGGACAAGUUCAACGACCUGAACAAGCGAUACAAGCGGGUGAACGACCUCCUUGGCAAGGGAACGGCCUGCCGGGUGGUGGAGAACCAGGCUCUCCUCGAGACCAUGGACCUCUCCCCCAAGGCUAAGGAGGAAGCCCGCAAGCUCCUCAACUCCAAGCACCUCUUCUUCCGCGAGAUGUGCGCCUACCACAACGCUGGAGCUUACUCCGCCUGCGCCGCCCCUCCCCCUCCGCAGAUGCCGCCGCCCCAUUCCUCAGAUCAGCAGCAGCACUGCUUCCACCACCCGCCUGGCCGAGCUGACACGGCACUGUCCACGAGGAAGGUUGCAGGAGGUAGCAGGGCCGCCAUCGUCGCCGACGAGGAGGGAAUGGCGGAAGAUAUGGACGAUGACGAUGAUGUGGACAGCGAGGACGAUGACGACUACGAUGACGAGGAUGAUGAUGAUGACGACGACAUGGAAGGACACAACCAUAAGCGCUACGGGCACCACCACCAACACAAGCACGACGAGGUGGGGGAGGACGAGGACAACAAGAAGCACAGGAAGACGGCGUCUCAGACGUCAGCCUCCCCUCCGCUCUCACUGACGCUGUCGUCGCCAUCCAGCUCCGUGCAGCAGUUGCGGUCCGAGAUGGUGGCCAUGUCCGGCGGGGGUGAGCAGCAGCAACGGCAGUGGCUGAAGAGGAAGGCAGCGGAGCUGGAGGAGCAGCGGGUGGCGUACCAGUGCCGGGCCUUCCAACUGGAGCGCCAGCGCUUCAAAUGGCUCCGCUUCAGCACUAACAAGGGACGCGAGAUGGAGCGCAUGAAGCUGGAGAACGAACGCCUCCGCCUUGAGAACGACCGCAUGGCGCUGCUACUCCGACAAAGAGAGCUCGAGCUCAUACAGGGAGGCAGCGGCGGCGGUGGCGGUGGCGGUGGCGUCUCCUCCUCCGCCGAGCAGCAGCUAAUGCUUCAGAACACCAAUGCCAAUCCUAGCUCUGCUACUACGGUCUAAAGCUUGUCUUCUUUGUCGCCCCAGGAAAGAUUAAGACGGAGGAGGCUUCAAUGCACUGCAGCGGGCAAUUAACGUGCACAUUCCUGCCUUUGCAAUAGCAUGAUGGUGUUAUGACCACAAGUAGACGCGAAAACCCGGAAUGAGUUCUUUUAUGGUAUCUUUGUAAUUUUUCCUUCACUUAAGUUUGGCGUUUUACUGUAACGAAGAACUGAUACAUUUUCGUUUACGAAAUUCUGUGAAAUUCAGAAACAAAAGAGUCGAAAAUUCGUGGAAUAUAAUAGUGUAAAGAAUAUAAAUUAGAAUUAGAUGUAAUGUUAUUGAUAAAAAAAAUUAAAGAUAGUA